ACCGGAUGUUUGCUAAGGUUGUACAUCCGGGUAGUCGAACUGGCAGCGUCUCCAAAUGGCGGCAAGUGGUCAAUUCCAUUUAAUUCCUCUGUCUGAAUCACAGCUGGACUUUCCUGGUUGUCCGUACUCCGUGUCUGUCCUUAAAGUAGGCUAUUAUCAGCCCCAGCAGGACGGGACGUUUAAGGCAGACGGAAGCAUCACGCUAAUAACGGGACACAACAAUAACAAUAUCCUGGUGGACACCGGGGGGCCAUGGGACAGAGACUUCCUCCUCAAGGCGCUCAAAGACCGGGGUUUGGAGCCCGGGGACAUCCGCCUGGUUGUGGGGACUCACGGACAUUCCGACCAUGUUGGUAACCUCAGUCUUUUCCACUCGUCAGUUAUGAUAGUAGGACAUGACAUAAGUCAAGGGGACAUUUAUACACCCAGCACGUUGGCACAGGGGUGCCCACACAUCGUGGACGAGCACGUGUGUGUGCUACCCACUCCUGGCCACACGGGGCAGGAUGUGAGCGUGCAGGUGAGAGGCACGUCAGCUGGCACGCUGCUGGUCGCUGGAGACCUAUUUGACAGCUGCUGUGAUGAGGACACCUGGCGCCACCUGAGCGCCAACACUGCAGUACAGGAAGCUGUAAUUCCUGCCAUCCACAUCCACCUGACCAGCUCUAGAAAAUGCUGUGCUAACCGCUGUGGGAUGUUUUUGUCUAUUGGUUUCGCGGCGGUGGGCGUGGCCGGAGCCGUGUACAGUCUCAGUGUGGCGGCCCUUGGCCUAAGCAACGGGCCGUUGUGCUACUGGAGAAAUCUAGAAAACCCCAUCCCCAAAUGGGGCGUUCCCUUCGCAAACAGUAGUGCGAGCUACCUGGAAGACAAGGAAAUGUGGAAAUGGUGUCUGAUCCCCGAAAAUGUGGUUGAAUUCAACGUGGGACUGUUCUCCACCUUGUUAGUGGCAGCGAGUCUUCAACUUGUCCUCUGUCUCAUCCAAAUGAUCAAUGGACUGUUCGGGUGCAUCUGUGGAACCUGUGGGGAGAAGGAGUGAGUUGAAAGGGCCACUUUUGAAGACCACAUGGAUCAACAUCAUCGAGAAAACCUAUUUUCAGGUCCUCGUCAUUAUUGUUAUUAUUACCAUUAAUUAUUUCUACACAUAUGUUUAAUAAAGUUGAGAAAGUUGUUGGAAAACGU